CACGAAAGGCAGAUCCAGCCAAUCCCUGCCGGGAUGGCCUCCGGAAGUGGCUAGAAGCCGGUUCAGCGUGCUGGAGGACCCUGCUACGGGACCCUGCGGGCGGCGGGAUGUCCUGGUUCGGCCUUCUCCGUGGCCUCAACACGUCCCUAAGUUUUGGCCCAGCCCUGGCCCCCCAGCUCCGGGCCGCGCGGCCCAUGGCCACCCUGAACCAGAUGCACCGCCGGGGGCUUCCGAAGCAGCCGCCCCCGCCUCUGGGCCCCACGGCCGGCCGGCCGCAACUGAAGGGAGUCGUGCUGCGCACGUUCAUCCGAAAGCCCAAGAAGCCCAACUCGGCCAACCGCAAGUGCUGCCGCGUGCGGCUCAGCACGGGCCGAGAGGCCGUGUGCUUCAUCCCCGGAGAGGGCCACAGCCUGCAGGAGCACCAUGUCGUGCUGCUGCAGGGCGGCCGCACCCAGGACCUGCCUGGCGUGAAGCUCACUGUGGUGCGUGGCAAGUACGACUGCAGCCACGUGCAGAAGAAGAAGUGACCGCCAGAGCCACGGCGGGCCGGGGUUCACCCUCAGCAAGAACCUUCCUCUCUGGGUGCCUGCAGUAUCCUUGGUCCUGGGUGCAAAUCCUGGCCUGGCCUCUUCCACCUGGAACACUACUUGCCCCCAGGAGUUCUGGGUGUGAAUUAGUAAAAGCACCCCUCUGUCCACACCCUUGCCUUCCGUGUGUACAGCAUGGGCUCGAGAGACCUCUUCUGCUGGGAAGGGCCCUGUAUGGUCCUCUGGUGGGAAGGGGUUGCAAUAAACGCACACACCCGCCCCCCAUGGUUGUGAUGUGAA